AUGUGUAGAAGCUUCUUAUGGGCUAAUGGUGAAAAAGUUAAUGGGAAAGCUAAAAUCAAAUGGGAUGAUGUUUGUAAACCUAAAGAUUAUGGAGGAUUGUGGAUUAAGAAUUUAAGGAAAUGGAAUGACGCUUUACUUGCAAAACAUGUGUGGAAUGUUGUUAAUAAUAAAAAUUCUUUAUGGGUGCAAUGGGUGAAAGCUUAUUACAUUGGAAAGAGGAAUUUUUGGGAUAUAUUGCAAAAGAAAAGCAUGAGUUGGACCUGGAAGAGAUUUUUGGAGAUUAGGAAAAUUGUUAGACCUCAUAUUGUUGCUUGUGUGGGAAAUGGGAGGAACACCUCUUUAUGGCAUGAUUGGUGGCAUCCUUUAGGUAUUUUAAGCACUAUCAUUCCAAGAAGAGAAUGGAUUAGCAAUGGAUUUAAUGACUUAUCUUUGGUUAGUGACGUGCUUGAUUAUGAUACUUAUUGUUGGCCUGUAAAUUGGGUUGAUAAAUUUUCAGGUCUAAAGGAUGCUCCUAUGUUUUGUAUUGAUCCAAAUAUGAGAGAUGUUGCUGGUUGGAGAGAUAAGGAGGGUAAUUGCAAGAAAUUUUCGUGUAAUCAAGUGUGGAGAGAUAUUAAUAAUUUUGGGAAUAAGGUGCCAUGGAAGGAAAUCGUUUGGUAUGGUAAGGGCAUUCCUAGAAAUUCUUUCAUUUUAUGGAUGGAUAUCUUGAAUAGAUUGAAAACUCAGGAUCGUGUAAGAGUUUGGGAAACAUCAGGAAUUCUCCUCUGUCCUUUUUGUAAUCUUAUUCCUGAUUCACAUGAUCAUCUUUUCUCUAAUUGUGAAUUCUCACAAAGUAUUUGGAGACAUUUUUGUGAUAAGAUGAGAAUUAAUUUGGUGAUGGGUGGCUGGAAUGAUCUGAUUCUGAAGUGUUGCAAGCUGUUUUACAAGGAUUCUGGUGAGAAUUUAAUUAAUAAAUGUAUCCUUGCGAGUUGUGUGGCACAUAUUUGGAAGGAAAGGAGUGCUAGGAUUUUUAAUAAUAGGAGAUUAACAGCUGAAGGAGUGAUAGCUUGUAUUGAGAAUGAAAUCAGAUUAAAGCUGUUGGGAUUAAGGAAUAAUAACAAUUUGAUUAAUGAAAGAAUCUAUAAGGAUUGGGGCAUUUAUGGAAAGGACAAAAAUAAGAGAUGA